AUGGAAAAUACUUUAGAUACUUUAGAUACUUUAGAUACUUUAGAUACUUUAGAUACUUUAGAUACUUUAGAUACUUUAGAUACUUUAGAUACUUUAGAUACUUUAGAUACUUUAGAUACUUUAGAUACUUUAGAUACUUUAGAUACUUUAGAUACUUUAGAUACUUUAGAUACUUUAGAUACUUUAGAUACUUUAGAUACUUUAGAUACUUUAGAUACUUUAGAUACUUUAGAUACUUUAGAUACUUUAGAUACUUUAGAUACUUUAGAUACUUUAGAUACUUUAGAUACUUUAGAUACUUUAGAUACUUUAGAUACUUUAGAUACUUUAGAUACUUUAGAUACUUUAGAUACUUUAGAUACUUUAGAUACUUUAGAUACUUUAGAUACUUUAGAUACUUUAGAUACUUUACUUUAG